UUCGUGCGAGCUCUACGUACGAUUCGACCGUCUCCUUUUCCUGCCGAGGCUCCUGCCGGAUGGCCGGAAGCCACAAACCUUCCUUCGGUGUCCUCGCGCGCGACCGCGUUUCUCCGCCGCCGCGUCUUUGUGUCUCUUCCUUUUUACACGGUUCUUCCGUUAUAAUAAAAUUCGCAAAUAAAAAUUGGCAACGGUGGUUUGUUUUUUUUUUCUCUUCAGAUCAAGAUUCGACCGCGCGCACAAAUUUUUAUCGCGCCGAGAUGCGGGAAUUUUUCCCGACAAGAGUGAGAAUUGAGCCAUAGGAAAUCUAUCUGUUGGAGAGCCGAAUGGCUGAACAGACACGGACCUGAGCCUCGGAGCGGAUCCACUCGGGAUUUCCGCGUUGGGAUCCGCAACAAUCAGGAUGGAGCUCGGAUCGAUGUUAGCUUUUAUGACGCUGAGCGCGGCCUGUGCCUCGGCCUCCCACAUGCCGGAGAAAUAUCCUAUAGAAGUGUACCACAUGCUGCAGGAGCGAACUCAACUCGGAAUCGGGCGUGACAACAGAGUGCGAGGAAGCUGGGGCGCGUGGAGCUCUUGGAGCGAGUGUUCCAGGUCCUGCGGCACCGGUAUCCAGUCCCAAUCACGGGAAUGCGUUCCUCUACGGCGAUUUUUGAGAAGACGAAGUAUCACGGAGAACGGAACGAGUCCAUUUGUAUCGGCGCGUACGAGCGCCAGACCCGUUUGCAUCGGCACAUACAAACGCUACCACACGUGCAACACAGAGGAUUGCCCGAACUUCUCGGAAGAUCUCCGGGAGCAACAAUGCGCCAAGUACAACGGGAAGAGCUACAAGAAUCGUACUUACGUUUGGGUGCCUUUUCUGGACGCGCCGAACUCGUGCGCGCUCAAUUGCCGCGCGGUCGGCGAGCGGUUUUACGCGACAUUGGAACCGACGGUGAUGGACGGCACGCCAUGCGAGCCUCGAAAUCUUCGUGGACGCGGGAUUUCGACGGAACGCAACGCCGGCGAACGAUGGCUCUGCGUCGCCGGACAGUGCAAGGCCGUAGGGUGCGACGGCGUAGUCGGUUCCGCCGUAACAAUGGAUUCCUGCGGCGUGUGCGGCGGUCAGGGUAAGGGUUGUAGACUGUACGAAGGCAUUUUCAUGCAAUCACUUUUGCCCAAGGGUCAUCAGCACGUGACCACGAUCCCGAGGGGUGCCAUGUCGCUCAACAUUUCCGAGUUGCGGCCCAGCAGUAAUUUUUUAGCGUUGAAAGACAGCACCGACAGGUACAUUCUAAACGGACCGCGGUCAUAUAGUCCCAGUGGUACUUACAAGGCGGUUGGUACGACAUUAACAUAUCAGAGAGGCGAUAGGAACCGCAUGGAGUGCAUCUUGGCGACCGGACCGUUGAACGACUCCUUGCAUUUAGAGAUCUUAUCCGUGGAGUCGAAUCCGGGGGUACUCUACAAGUACAUGUUACCCACGACGAAGGAAGUGUCGGACGAUAAAGCGGUGAUUGCACCGCCGUUGCUUGUCGCAGGAUCGAAGGAUAGAGGAUCGAACGAAAUACCUAGUCCGCCGUACACACACACGAACGUGCAAAUACCCGUUUUAAGAUCGGAUUGGCGAGGCGAUUUAUCUUACGGGCUAAAUCGCGAUCGCGAUCCGCCGCGCGCUCGGAACGACGGCGAGCGGAAGGACGAGAUAAAGGUGAUGGCGGGCGACCAGCCGAAGUUGAAGACGAAGAAGAAGAGGAGAAAAUUCAAUUGGAAAGUGACGGGUUUCGCUGUUUGCACGAAGAAAUGCGGAGGAGGCUUGCAGACACCGAUCGCAAAAUGCGUUCGCGAGGACACUCAGACGCAUGUAAAUGAGAAACGCUGUCGCAACAUCGAGAAACCUCCCCCUCUACGAUGUAACGAUCGUCCUUGCGUUCCCAGAUGGCAAACCGGACCGUGGAGCGAAUGUUCGGUUACUUGUGGGAUCGGCGUGAGAACGCGGAGAUUAGAGUGCGUUCAGGAACUGAACGCGGAAUUGACGAUAUCUGUGGCCGCCGGUGCGUGCAUCGAGCCGCCGAAUCUGAACACCACGGAAAUUUGCAGUCUGUCGAAUUGUCCCAACGCGAAUCCGGAACUGAGGAAUUUGUCCUCCCAAUACGACGAGCCCAGGUGGGACGUGGGUACUUGGGGCCCGUGCUCGGUGACGUGCGGUCGUGGAACUCGAAAUCGAACGGUGACUUGCAUAACGUCCGGAGAGACUUGCUCGUUAAACACCAAGCCGGAAUCCCAAAAAGCUUGCGAAGUAACAUCUUGUGGCACGAUGACGCGCGAUAUGAAACAUCACGCUUCCUGGCUGUAUUCGAAAUGGUCUUCUGAGUGCUCCGCGGAAUGUGGGGACGGCGUAAAAGUGAGACAAGUAGUGUGCGGUAACGAUAUCGAGCAAUUUUGCGAUCCCAAAGAACGACCGAACGCGGAAAUGUCUUGCUUCGGACGAGGAGCGAACUGCAACCGCCCCAAGUGGUUCACCGGUUUAUGGACAUCCUGUUCUGUCUCGUGCGGGAUUGGCGUGCAGUAUCGGGAUAUCAUUUGCAUAGUUAGAACAAAUAAUAAAUCCGUCGCGCUAUCCGCGGAAGAUUGCAGCGAUCCUAGACCAUCCACUCAACAGAUAUGCAGAAUGCCCGCUUGUUCGCCGGAAUGGUUCACCUCGGAUUGGUCGACGUGUUCGGCUACAUGCGGGGUCGGAGUGCAAACCCGGCUCGUGCGAUGCAUCGUCGAGGACGUUAAUAACGACACUUGUUCCGAAAUCGACAAACCGAACGCGAAACAACAAUGCAACAUGGAUCUGUGUAAAAACGAAAUGUUACCGACAACUAAACCGCCAAAAAAAGCGUCCCACGAAUGCGUGGACAAGUAUCCGUUCUGCGCUUUAGUGGUGAAGAACGGUUUGUGCAGAAUUAAAUAUUACAAACACUCGUGUUGCCAAUGCCACGUAGUAACCAAUAAGGCUGCGACUUCGUAUUCGUCCGCGAUUUUAUAACCACACGAAUGUUGAGGCUCGCGAGCGAGCGAUUGUUGAUUAUAAUAAUAUCGUUACGUUAAAUCGCGGAAUAGAUAAAUUAUAUUAUGCCAAAUGUAAGACUGCUACAAAGAGAUAACGACGUACGUACAAUAUAUUACGUAUAUAUAAUUACAUAUACAUAUAUAUGUAUAUAUUAGGUCUACCGGAAAGUUCUGUCCG